AUCCCUUGCAGGCCCUGCAGGUAAGCUAGGUACAUAGCCCAGCCUGGCGUCUGCAUUUUAGCAUCACUACAGGUACCUUGUACCUUUGUCAGUAUACCCCUGUCAUGCUAACAAUAAAUCCCAAAUCUACAGCUCUGUGGUUCCUAUAUCCUACGGGGAAUCUGUACAGAGGAGGGAUAUCUGCAUGCCAUACAGUUCAAUAGCAAGCUAAAGCGUCUCUUCAAGUCUUACCGCUUUACUCGGAAAUAGGAAAAAGCCCACCAGCCUCUUUUCCAUAUCUCGCUGUAACGCAUUCCACGACGACGACACUAAUGUAUGGUCGUGCUGUCAAUGCGUCGACGAGUGCGUCGCCAAGCAUUGAACGCAAAAGGCGCCUGGCCUGCGAUAACUGUCAUAUCUCCAAGGUUCGGUGCACCGGCGAGCUCUCUGGUUGCCAGCGCUGUGAGCGCGGCAACAAAACAUGUCACUAUAGCCAGUCGAACAUGGGCCGUACGCCAGGAGAUAGAGCGAACAGGAGACGAAAGUCAAGCGUUCCCAAGUCAAUGAGUUCUUAUAUCAACAGCCCUAUCAGUAGUCAUCAACAGCAACAACAGCACGACUGGAAUUCGUCUACCAGCCUAUCUAGCGGACUUGGCGACAGCGAACAACAGAUUGAACAGAACGAACCACAGUUCACAACCUCAUCUGUAGAGGGAAACUAUAGCGUUCAUCAUCAAAAUCGGUCAGCUAGUGAUUCUAUGAGUAUCUCACAUGGACCUACUAGUCAGCGAAAACAUUCGACGACAUCCAUGCUACUUGAUAAUAUUAGCGAUGAUCUCCAGAGUCCCGGCUUUGACCCUCUUAUAUCAAAUUUCGAGGAUAUAGACUUUUCAGAUAUCGAUGAUAAUCAUUUCGAAGUUAUUGGAACUUCUUUAGACUUGACAUUUCCUCGGUUUGUGACUCCUCCGUCUCCUCGAGUUUCACCAACUCAGCAACAACAACAGCAGCAACAGCAGCAACUCCAUGCAACACAACUAUUUGGAACUUCUUCAUCAACUACAACGUCAGCAUCAAGUUACCAAGGUCCCGGUUCCGGCCAGACGCCUAGCACGCCGUAUUCUUCCGGAGGUGACGUUAACUACUGGACGGCACAGCUUGAUGAGCUUUCUCGCAGGCCACAUAAAUCCCCAAUGCCGCUUGAUGAAGUACUUCACCAGAGCUCGCAAUUUCUUCCACGCGUAACUGAGGCUCUCCGCACUUUACCCUCAGCAGACCCAUUGCCAUCUACGCAUAUGAUUCUUAUACUAGUAUGUCUGACUCAAGUAAUUACCUUCUUCGAACAAUGCAUGCCGUCCGUAAUCUGCGGCCUCGCAACCGGGGGAUCAUCCGGCGACCUUUCACUUCAUCUCGGCGCCUACCAGGUCGACCGCGAGGUCCAGCAGGCUUUACAGAUGCACAUAGUGGGGAGGGAGUUAUCAAGCGUCCUUCAGGUAUCCAAGUUAAUCAAACAGACACUGCUACAGCCAGACUGGAACAACAUUCCUAAGCGCACUCACGACCUUCUGCUGGAAGACUUACAGGUCAGGACGAAGACGCUCAUGUAUCAGAUAAAACAGAAAUGGAGUUCAGCGCGGCGGCUCGCGCUGUAAGAGAUAUUAUCAUUUAAACCAAUAUCCGUUCCAAUGGCUUGU